AUGAAGACAUCAGGCGUUCUUGUUCUCGUCUUAGUCCUGCUUUACAUCGAUGCCAGCAGAGAAUGGCCUACGCACACAGUCUGCAAAGAGGACAACUUGGAAAUACAUUACAAAAGCUGUGAUCCCCAGCAAGAUUUUGCUUUCAGCAUUGACCGUUGUUCUGACAUCACAACGCACACCUUUAACAUCAGAGCUGCAAUGAUCCUAAGACACAGCAUCAAAGAACUGUAUGUCAAAGUUGACCUCAUCAUGAAUGGGAAGACCGUCUUAACCUAUUCAGAGGCGCUUUGCGAGCCCGGUCAUUCUAAGCUUAUUUUCUGUGGAAAGAAGAAAGGAGAACACCUCUACUAUGAGGGACCAGUCACACUGGGACUCAAAGAAAUCCCACAGGGAGAUUACAUUGUUUUAGCAAAGCUGACUAAUGAAGAUCACGUCAUGGUCGCUUGUGCCGAAUUCACCGUGAAAAAUUAUUUAGAUUAUGAUUAUUAACAAACCAGUUUCACGAAAUCUACAGACUACUAAAGCUAUCCAAGCCAAGUGAGCUGCUUGCCUGCUACAAUGAUUCUGAAGGAAGUAAUUCUCACAUGGUGGUUCUAAUGCUAUUCUUCUUUAAAACUCACUAUUUUCAAGAAGUCACUAGACCCUCUA